AGAGGCGGGCAGGAGCCGGAGGAGGCAGGAAGUGGCCGCGCGAGCCUGGCGGCGGGGCCGCGCUGCGACCGGAAGCGGAAGUGUCUUCAGCGGCUCGGGCGGCCUGGGAUGGGUUCCAAGGCCAAGAAGCGAGUGGUUCUGCCCACGCGCCCGGCGCCCCCCACGGUGGAGCAGAUCCUGGAGGACGUGCAGGGUGCGCCCUCCGACGACCCGGUUUUCACCGCGCUGGCCCCGGAAGAUGCCGCAGGCCUCCCCGGGAGGGCGGAGGACUCGGAGGCCCGGCAGGAGCAGCUCUACCAGCAGAGCCAGGCCUACGUGGCCAUGAAUCAGCGGCUGCAGCAGGCGGGCGACGGGCUGAAGCGUGCGUGCGAGCAGCUGCGGCGAGCCGGGGAGGAGCUGGAGCGCGAGGUCGGCCAGGUGAAGCAGGUGGCGCUGCCCGGAGCCGCGGCCGCCUCCUUGGGCUGAGUGGUCCACCCGCUUGCCCGAGCACCUGCACCCUGGGCAGGGCGCCCCCCGGCUCCCCGUGACUCCUGACCU